ACAUCAUGGGGAAGACGAACAGCAAGCUGACCCCGGAGGUGAUGGAGGACCUGGUGAAGAGCACAGAGUUCAACGAGCACGAGCUGAAGCAGUGGUACCGAGGCUUCCUGAAGGACUGCCCCACCGGACGCCUCAACCUGGACGAGUUCCAGCAGCUCUACGUCAAGUUCUUCCCGUACGGCGACGCCUCCAAGUUCGCGCAGCACGCCUUCCGCACCUUCGACAAGAACGGCGACGGCACCAUCGACUUCCGGGAGUUCAUCUGCGCGCUGUCCAUCACGUCGCGGGGCAGCUUUGAGCAGAAGCUCAACUGGGCCUUCAACAUGUACGACCUGGACGGGGACGGCAAGAUCACCCGCGUGGAGAUGCUGGAGAUCAUCGAGGCCAUCUACAAGAUGGUGGGCACGGUGAUCAUGAUGAAGAUGAACGAGGACGGCCUGACGCCCCAGCAGCGGGUGGACAAGAUCUUCUCCAAGAUGGACAAGAACAACGACGACCAGAUCUCCCUGGAGGAGUUCAAGGAGGCGGCCAAGAGCGACCCGUCCAUCGUGCUCCUCCUCCAGUGCGACCUGCAGAAAUAGGCUCCUCCCCCCCCGCCCGCCAAACAGACUGCACCGAGAGAAGAUCCCGUUCCAUUCAAUCUGCAGCUACUUCCGACCUGAGAGCAGAAAAUUAAGAGAAAAAAAACACAAAAAAAAAAUACAUGCUUGGACUGACCUUUCAACGAUUCCGCUUCUUGUGUUUGAAACACUUUGUGUGCAUGAGAAUGUUGUCCGCUAUUUAAAAAAAAACUGACCUGAAGAUUUCCACGUGAUGUAUUACAGUGUGCACGCGCCACUGCAGGAGGGGGGGGGUGGAUGCAGAGGUUACGUGCACAGGGACGCACGGAUUACACGUGAGCAAACACACACCCACACAAACCGAGACACACACACAAACACACCUAUACAUGCACACGCACACACGAAAACACACAGACACAAUCCCUCACCACGUAUUUACAUAUUGCACAAAUAUAAAUAUGAGUAUUUAAAUAAAUGAAGAUAAAUAAAUAUGA